AGCUUUGCUACUGUGGCGCAGCAGCGCUGGCGGCGUGCGCAGUGAUUCCGUAUGUGUGUGUGAUCGUGUCCUCCACUUGGCCCGUGGUGCGUCGGCGCUGAGCUGCUGUAUCUGCGAACCCCCCCGAGAAACCCGCCGGCGGAGCCUGUGACUUGUUUUUCGUGCCGUUGGUGUGCCGUUUGUUCGCGAGCUGGCCACACAUACCCGACGUGGACGACCUUUCGAACCUACCUAAGGAUGUAGACUGCCUCAGGAUUAAGAAGACGAAAGGACAAACACACCGUCGUCGUCGUCGAGCCGGAUUUAGAUGCCCUCUCUGCUCUGGGACCCGGGGAACCGUUCGGACAUCGGCUGGAGACGCAGACGCGUCCACUCGAAAGCCGAGGCAAGCUGCUGCCCUCGGGUGAUGCUUCUGGCGCCGCGAUGGCCCUGUUGACGAUGCCCGUGAAGACCGCCAGCGUGCCCAAGAUUGCCUCCCCACCCGCCUGCGCCAUGGAGAGUUCGAGCAGCCGCAUGCAGCGCAACUUUGCCGAGAAGCAGCGGCGGGACAAGCUGAACAGCUACAUCAGCGAGCUGGCCAACAUCGUGCCCAUGGUGUCCAUGGCCUCCAAGCGCCUGGACAAGACCAGCAUCCUUCGGCUGAGCGCGGCACACCUGCGCUUCUACCAGACGCCGCUUGCCGCCGGCGAACGAAACAAGGUGACCAAGCCGACGAAAUGGCGGCCAAAGUUCUUCAACCCGGACCACCUCAAGGAUCUCCUCGAAGUCGUAGACGGCUUCGUGCUUGUCACCUCGACCACCGGCAAGAUCAUCUACAUCUCGCCGUCUGUUGAGCGUUACCUGGGCCACCAAAACAUCGAGAUGAUCGGUCACUCUAUCUUCACGUUCCUGCACUCCGCGGACGUCCAGACGGUCCACGACUGCUUCGAGUCUCUGUCGCGGAGUCCUCUGCAGCGCAGGGGAGACUGGAUGAGCUCGGAGCGGUGCUCUUUCUUCUGCCGCAUCCGCGAGCGGAGCCAGCCACGCUCCGAGGUGCUCACAUACCAGGUGAUACAGGUGGUUGGCCACUUGACUGGCCCAGCAUCCGCCGGGAUGCCCUGCGACGGUUCUGGAGACAGCCCUGGCUACCUGUUCAAGACGUUUGUGCGGCUUGUCAACACCAACCCCUACAAGGAGCUCUCACUCGGGGAAGCUGUCCAGGACGAGUACGUCACGCGGCACAAGCUCGACGGCACCAUCAUAUUCGCCGAUCACAGACUGUCCACGCUGACGGGCCACCUGCCUCACGAGGUCCAGGGCAUCUCGGCGCACCAGUACCUCCACCCGAGCGACAUGGCCAUCGCCAUGUUUGCCCAGAAGCAGAUGAUGGCCAGCAACUCCGGCAAGGGAGUGGUAGUCUACCGCCUGAAAAGGAGGGACGAGUCCUUCAUCUUUCUGCGGUCUUCGGGAUACCUGCAGUAUGACCAAGCCACGAUGCAGAUGGACCACUUUGUGUGCAUCAACACGCUGAUGACGGAGGAGGACGGCCAGCGCGAGCUGCGCACCUUCUUCGAGCGCUUCUCCCCACACAUCACUGACAUGACAGUCCAGCAGCUGGGCGACUUCUUCGCCUCCUACACCCUGCACCGGUCCCAGAGGGCCUUGGGCAGUGGCGGUUUCGCGGAGGCGGCCAGCGCCGCCGCCAGGGACCCGCUGUCCCUCUCCCGGCUCGUCGAGCCCAACUUGUUCCUCGGAUCGGACUGCCUGGUCAAGAUCAAGCGGGAACCCCACGACCUCCGCAGCGACGCGCUCCUGCACGCCGGCGAAGACGCGGGUCCCUGGCCCAGCGAUGGACGCCGAACAUCAUACCAACCGGAGGAAUAUGGUUCCGAAGAUACGCAGUGAUCCAAGAGCGAUCGUCGGGUUGUGUACAGAUGUGCUUUCGAACGGACAGAGAAACGCUGCCGGGGACAUCGUCACCUCGAGUGCCGCACCAUUGUUUCACCGGCGCUUCGACGGCGCACCCAUUGUGCCACGGACCAUACAUCAGCAACCCAAUGGCACUUCAUUGGCAACAUCGGCAAUUCAUUGACAUUUCGAUGGCACUUCAUUGGCACAUUCAGAUUGGCAUCAAUGGUAAUUGAUCAGUGUAAUUUGCAAUUGAUUGAUGCCACUGCGAUUCAUUGGUGCCUGCUUCGGUUCAUUAGUGCCAGCCGCAAUUCUUCGGUGACCUUGGCGUCUCGUCGGCACCAUCUUCAGAACUCUCCCGCAAUGCUCCGUUUGCAAGUGUGGUAGACAGACUAUGACUGAUAGCCAGUGCAAUAUGUGGUGCAGUGCAGUCCAUGAAGGGGACCAAACAAACGAAAAACGGUGGGCAGAGAAAAAAAAAAAUUGAAACAAAAAGAAAAUGUGCCCAAGUGGUGAAAAGACUUAACUCGGGAGAAAAGAAAUGUGGCCAUACUUUCAACUGAUUCAUAGUUCCGUCAUCUUAAUGGCCCUUGGAAACAAUAGGAAAAGAGAGAGGUCGCCGCGACGGAGGGCAGAGAGGCGCGAGAUACAAAGAGAUAUUUUUGCGUUGCAGAGUUUCUCUCGCUUUUCUCUCUGCCCUCUCGUUUCGAGAUUAUCAUUCUUUUUCGCGAAUCUCUCGUUUUUCUUUGCAAACAAAAGAAAAAAACAGGUUUUUCAGUUGUUUUUCUUUUAUGUGAAAUGUUCUAGUCUUUUAAUUGUAUGUGAGGGGGAGGGGAGCAGUUAAAGGCGUCUUAACCACAGGAACACGCCGCGUCUCGUGCAAUCAUCGUGGAGAUUAGGAAGCCAGUAGAGUAGCAUCGUGAGAGAGCUAUUUUCAUAACGCAUCGGUCUUUCCUGCCGUACAAGGCGUAUCAAAUCCCGUUGCCCACUGCUCAAGGGCCGCACGGCAUUUGCCGAUGUCGGAACGUGGGUAGUGUCCCUUCGGAACCGUGGAAGCUCAGAAAUCAGCACUCCAUAGUAUAGUUGUUGUUGUUGCAUUUACCAAGGAUCUCUAGCUUUUUUGUUAUUGUUUUACUGAUUUUGGGGUUGGCAGGGCGAGGAGGGUCUGUGUUUUUGCUUUAGUCUUCUGCACAACCGGGUCUGACUGGCACGGUUGUGCAGCUAAGCGUCGUUAGAAGUCAGGCGGGUUGAAUGCGCCUUACACCUCUUCUCGGCCGAAAACGACAACCUUCCGGGAACAAAUCCAGUGCUGAAGUGAUAAAAAAAAAAAGACAAACAAACAGAAACAGCCUCUCCCCCUGACCACAGUUCAAUUCUCCCUGCUGUAAAAACAAGAAGAAAAAAUGUAUAUGUGUGAAGAUAUAUUUAAUAUACACGUCAGUUAAUGUGCAAUUUUCGAGAGUGUGUACAUUGUGGAUGAAUGCGGUUGCGAGUGGGAAUGUGUGCGUGUUUUGUGCCUGGAGACAGGUGAUACUAUUCUUCACUUAAAAAUGAAAGUUGUCUGUCACGUUAAAAAAAAAAAAUUUCCCCAGGUUUAUUUUUUUAUCGACCCAAAGUCGGGAACGGAUUGGCAUUGUUUUGUGCGGGCGUCGACCCGUAUUGUCUGCAGCAAAGGGAACCUUUGAAAUGUUUCUUUGUGGGUUGUAUCGGAUCGGCUACCGUGACUUUGUCAGGCAAUCACUUAAGGAGCUAGGAGAAAACAAAUACAGAGGAGCACAUGGUUGCCGGUUGAGGCUGGUAUGCCGGGUUGGGCGGUAUGCCGGCCUGGGGCCGGUUAGCCGGCUUAGAACUGGCUUGGGGCCGGUUAGCCAACUUGGGGCCAGUCACCCAGCUUAGAGGAGGCUUGGGGCCAGUUAGCCGGCUUUUGGCCAUUUAGAUGGCUCCGGGUCGGAUCGGGGCAGGUACGCCGGGGGAGAUGCAAAGCAGCCUUUGUCUUUCAAAAACUCGUCAAGGCGUCCUGGACGUAGCCAAAGGUAACAAACCAGAGACUGCCGAGAACAGCACCCCAAUAGCCGCGCUUACAAGAAACCUCCCGGGCAACGUGCGGUUAGGGUAGGGGUUAGCUAACCGUAUCAUCUCCGCACGCUGCCGUCAUUGUAGAGUAGAGUUGGGAGAGGGUGACGGUUGCAGACUUUAAAGGUAUAAACUACUUAGGUCGGCAUGUUGAGCGUUCCCGGUUCCCUCUCAAAACGUUGUUGCGAAAACCGCGUCAAGGAUUCCGCGAAAUGCUUUGGUUGUCUUGUUUGAGCCUUCCGUCGAGAGCUCCGCUACCACCGCAUUGUGCCGUGUGUGUAUAGUUGAUAACACCCAGAGAAAAGACACUGUGCAGACCCUUGUUUUGUGAUAAUAAUAAUUAUGUUGUAUAGUUCGAAGCUAUUUUUUUUUUGCAUUGUCUUGUUGGUUUUCUCCUUGUUUUGGAUGUUUCCAGUUAAAUACAUCAGAUUCACACCGUUA